AGAAAAAGAAAAGGGAAAAAGAAACUCUUACUCUCUCUCCCUUUCACAAUUACUACUUCUCUCUCUCUUUCUCUCCCUUUCACCAGAGAUAAAUCUCUUCACACUUCACUCCUUACUUCAUCAUCUUUCUCCUCUGUCUCUUCUCCUUUCAAUUUCACACCAUUUCCCAAUUUUAACCCCAACCCACUUCCCAAAAUUUCAUCUUUUUACUUGGGUCUCUCAUGGCUGAUCCCACCUCCACUUUCUCCAUCAGAGAGUAUGCUUUGAAUAAAAGAAGCACGGAUUUAACGACAAUUAGUUGGCCAUUUAGUGAGAAGGUGAAGAAAGAAGUGGCAGAAUCUCUACUCCCACCAAUGGAUGUAAAGAAAUUCCGUUGGUGGUCGUCGUUAUGGUUGUCGUCACAAGAAGAAGAAGGAGAAAAAGAAGUAAUUACAGAGAGAAUUAAAAUGCAGAAGAUUUGUCCGGUUUGCGGGGUUUUUGUUGCAGCCACGGUAGCAGCGGUAAAUGCACAUAUUGAUACUUGUUUAGCUCAAACAACAAGUAAGGAAAUUAGGAGAAAGAACUAUUUGAAGGCAAAAUCAAGAACCCCAAAGAAGAGAUCAAUAGCCGAAAUCUUUGCAGUCGCUCCGCCAGUAAAAACAAUGAUUGUCGUUAAUGAUUGUCGUGAAGAAGAAGAAAAAAAGGCCGUUGGGAAACAAAUUAUUCAUCCCAACAAGAACCUCAAAACGACGUCGUUGGCUACAAGUCUUGUCUCUGCUAUCAAGACAAUCAAAAACAAAAUCGCUACGACAACAGAACAACCAACAAUUCUUGCUAAGAAAAAGAAGAAGAAGAGGAAGAAGAAGAAUAAAAAUAAGGAAUUUGGUCAUGGGAAACUUUGCAAGAAGGGAGAUAUCAGAAAUCACAAGGAUGUUUCUACUUUUUGUAAGAGACGGCCUUGUUUUAAACGCUUGUCUAAACAAAAAAAGAAAAAACUAGCUCAAAAAUCCACUGUGGUUGCCAAGCAACAGAGACCAAUGCCUCCACUUAGGAGCAUUUUGAAGCGCAGUGUAAAAGUAAUUUCUGAGACAAACUCUUCAUUCAUCAAUUUAAAAGGCAGCAAUCAAGCUUUCAACAAUGGCAGUCAAAAGUCCGAUAGGCGUGUUAGCUUCUUGGAUAAGGAUGAUGUUCUUGGUCCAAGCACCAGAGCCAUUUCUGAUACAUUUGAACAAAAUGUUGGCAAUCCAUUUCAAGCUUCAGAAGUAGGCAUUAAUUCAGGUGAAAGUAAUAAAGUUCCUUCAAUGGAGGCCAAUUUAAACGACGAUGUAGAUUGCUUUAACACCCGACACAAAGUCGAUAGUCAACAUGUGAAAGGAAAGAUUCAGUUGCCUAAUUUUCAUAAUCAGGUCAAUGCUGAAAGAUGGGAAAAUGCGAAGCAUUCGACCGAGAAGUUGAUAUUGGAAAGUCGAGAUAUUCCUCAUGAUCGAAAUGAUUUGCAUUCGUUUGCCCAUGUCUAUGUAGAUGCACAUCAGAAGCUGCCGCUAAAACAUUCUGCUAUUCCUGCUCUAUUAGCUGAACAAGAAGAAAGGCCAUAUGGCCAUGUAAGAACUCAAUGUGGUUUAAAUAAUGUUGUCCCACAAGCUCAUUCUCUUUAUGGAAAAUCUGUCGAUAAUUUGAUAAAUAAUAACAAUCAUUUCAAUGGAGUAGCUGCCUUAGGCUCAGUUACAAGCAGAGUGCCUUCUUCUUCUUUAACUGAAAAUCCUGUUAGCAGACUUUUUAAUCUGGCCGAAUCUUCUGCUAGAGACAGUAAUAGAUUUCAGUUUCCGAAUGGGGAACAAAGUGUGGUUACCUACAAAGAGAAAGGGGUAAAUGAUGGAUUUUUCUGUCUGCCGUUGAACUCAAGGGGUGAACUGAUACAGCUAAAUUCAGGUUUGACUGAUAGGUUUGACCAGAUGAAUGAAGCUAGUAACACUAUAGCCGGUUCUAGCAGGAUACCAGUAUGCAAUUUGGUCGUGCCAAGGAGCAGGGAUUAUUUCGUUGACAAUGAGAAGCUCUUUGUUGACACAAAACUUACAGGAAACCAGUUGACUUUAUUUCCAUUGCAUAGUCAUAUGCAAGAAAAUCAAAAUCGAUAUUUGCCAGCUGGUUUCGACGUCCCCGAGCCAGGAACUUCGGAAACAGCUGAUAUUAGACUGAUGAAUUCAGAAAGGGGAACUGAAACUGGAAGGUUUUUUCACCCAAAAUUGAUGGAUUCUCCAUUUAACAGAUGCAGGUACUACGAAAAGUUUCAGAACCAAAAUGUAAGUACACAGUUUUAUCCAGAAAAUUCAAGUAGCAUGUGUGUGAAUCCUGGUCGACAAACGAUGCGGUUGAUGGGCAAAGAUGUAGCUGUUGGUGGAAAUGGAAAAGAUGACCAAGAACCCGAAGUUAUAAACUUUUUGAAGAACUCACACUUAGUCGGGAACUGCCUGACCAAUCCUAUCCAAGAGACUCACAUGAGAAAAAGAAACUUUCUGCAAGAUAGGGAGUUGCAUUAUCCAUCAAGAGGAGAAACCUUGUUUUAUCAUCCUGCAGGCUUCCAUGGCAAUCAAGUGGCACAAGGAAAUUUAUUGGCAAAUGCUCCACAAGCUGUUAGGUACCCACAUCCGUGUACCAAUCGAAAAAGCAGUAUAUUGUAUCCAAGACCUGAAUCUGUCAUCAACUUGAAUGAAAGGUUCAGCAGCAUCCAUUCUUUUCCUCCCUCGUCGACUGACACGCUUAAUAUGGCACGAAACUUUCAAGCACCCUUUGUUUCUGGUCUGGAAGCACAAAGGUUUUGUUCACAGCCGUCGGCCUUUUCUACUUCUCACCACAUGUGUCCAAAUAGAUAUGAAAAUUCUUUUGAACUUGGCUUUAACCAGAGUCUACAUCCAGCAAAAUUAGGAACCUUCAACUUCCCUUUCUUGCAGCAAGAUGAUGGAAAUCAUGUCCAGCUCCCUUGGUCUCACACUUCUAAGAGCCUUUCCCCAUGGAUAUUACACGAUCACCAACGGGAAGUGCCACCAACUGCAAAUUCUAAACUCGCUGACAUAAAUGGAUACUAUUGUCCAUGUACUCCUUCUGGCACAGAUGUUCUCAUUAGCCCAUCUUCGAUUCAUCACCGGCUCGAAACUGCCUAUCCUUGCAGUACAAUGGCAUAUUCUCACUUACAGACGAAGAACCAUAUAUCUGGUUCGACAUCUUUUUUUCAACCAAUUCCCAUUGCUCCACGAGUACUUCAAUCACCAAUUGCCAACGCCGGCCAUGAAAUUAGAAUGAGAUCUGAAGAUAGAUUGAAGUUCAACUCUUUGAGUGUCAAGGACUCUGAUUUUUCAAGUAAAAAACAACUGGCAGAAGAGUUUGUCGAUUCGAGGAAGCGUCAGAAGACAUUGAGUUUAGAAACGAACAAUUCUGGUAUUGUGCCAGAAUGGACAAGAGGAAAAUACAGUGAUGAUCACCUGAAAUCUAACCCCGGGAUGAAGAAAAUUCAUGCUAACAGGGACAAAGCUGUUAACUCAGUAGGAAAUAUCCCAAAUAUGACUCAAACUACCGAUGGAAUAGUGAUUUCUGCCAACAAUAAUGAAGCUCAUAAGGUUGAAUGUACGGCAAGAUCAGGCCCCAUCAAGUUAACAGCAGGAGCAAAACACAUCUUGAAACCAAGUCAGAGUAUGGAUGUAGAUAAUACUAAGCCUACUUAUUCAACUAUUCCUUCUGCUGGAUUAGUUCAUAGUGAUAGCUUGGCAGGAUCUCAAAAGAAGUCAACUAAAGUAUACAGUUUUUAAAAGAAGGAACUUAGCUCUAAUCCAUCCAUGAUGCAAUCAUCUCAUCUUUGUAAUCACUGAUAUGACAGAAUUGUUGUAAUUUCAAGAUGACCCUGUCAUUCACCGAGCAAGUUUUUCGGCAUUCGGAGGCAUGUUAUCUUAAACCGAAACUAAUCAUGCUGCUACAAGUUUUGACCUUGUUUCUUAUUGUAAGUUCUAGAUCAAAUCUCCACUACAAGAUCUUUUGUAGGCGAUAAAAUUACACAAGUGUUAAGAUUCACUGUUUAAAAACGUCUUGCUAGUUCCUGUAAUGAAAGCCCGAGAACACAGAGUUGUAUUUAUUUCCUUGAGGGCUAAGUUAAGUUAAUAUAGCUAACAUUAUAUGUAUUUAACAUGAUAUUCUCCAAUAGUGUUUGAUAUGGUGUUUGAAUUUCCA